AUACUUGAUACAUUAAUAAUUGAAUAAUUUAUUUGUAAUCCUCAAAAAAAAUUAAUUUGGCUGUUUCUUAAAUUUUACAAAAAUACAUUUUAAGAUGAUUGGAUUCUAAAAAGAUUUUAUAAAAAUUAAUUAUAAACUUAACCUGUUACCUUAACUCUUUGUAGUGUUUUAAUUUUUACAAUUAUAAAUAAGAAAUGAAUAGCAGCGAUAGCGAUGAUUUAGGGGAAGAAUUUCUCACAGAAGAUGCUCAAAAUUUUUUAUCUCGAGGUCAAGAGGGCCAAGAUGGAGUUGAAAUGGUUACUUUAGACAACACUGAUGAUUCUUCAAACCAAGGAGAAGUAUACGAGUUGAAAUUUGGUAAGCCACUUAGAGAGCAGGAUAGAUUUUUACCUAUAGCUAACAUUGCAAAAAUAAUGAAAAAAUCUAUCCCUGAUGGUGGCAAGAUUGCUAAAGAUGCUCGCGAAUGUGUUCAAGAAUGUGUUUCAGAGUUCAUAAGUUUCAUCACUAGUGAAGCCAGUGAUAGAUGCUACCAGGAAAAACGAAAAACUAUUAAUGGAGAAGAUAUAUUAUAUGCUAUGUCCAAUUUAGGAUUUGACAAUUAUGUUGAACCAUUAAAAUUAUAUUUACAAAAAUACCGAGAGGUAACAAAAGGAGAUAAAUCAAUAGGAAUUGAAGAAUUAUCAGAUGAUGUUUUUUCCAACGAUGCAAAUUAUUCUAAAAUAUUUGGACAAAAUAGCCAAAGUGAUUCAGUAAUCUACUAUCCAGACUCAAUUCAGCAAUUUCAUAUUGUAUAAAAAUUUUAUUUUAUUAUAAUUUAUUGUUUGUGAAAAAUAAUAUUAAUUUACAAAUUCAGUAAAUUUUCAUUUCAAAAAAAAAAAAAUUUAUAAUUUUGUUCCAUUAAAACAUUAAUACAAUUUUUAUAUUCUCUUAACUCAAUAAUUUUCAAAAAUUUUUUCUAUAUAUAUAUAUAUAUGAUGUAGUUUUUAAUUUAAAAUUAUCAUAUUUAUUUUAAUUAAAUUGUUUUAAUUUGUAAUCAUAAAUAUCUUUCUUAAUUCUAGGUUAUUAUACAUGUAAUUAUAAUGUAAAUAAAAUUAAAUUUGGUUAAG